CCGUGCGUUCCCGACAUGCCCCGCGACGGCCGCCAACCUCCGGAUUUGAAUCGAGUCAGCGCUCGGCGGUUGCGGUGUCGGGAUGGGCGCUUCGUCGUUGCCCCCGGCCUGGCAGCUCUACCUCAAGGACCACCGCAUCUCUACGUUCAAGAACUGGCCGUUCUUGGAGGGCUGCGCCUGCACCCCGGAGCGGAUGGCCGAGGCCGGCUUCAUCCACUGUCCCACUGAGAACGAGCCCGAUUUGGCUCAGUGUUUCUUCUGCUUCAAGGAGCUGGAAGGCUGGGAGCCAGACGAUGACCCCAUAGAGGAACAUAAGAAGCAUUCAUCUGGUUGUGCCUUUCUUUCUGUCAAGAAGCAGUUUGAAGAAUUAACCCUCAGUGAAUUUUUGAAACUGGACAAAGAGAGAGCCAAGAACAAAAUUGCAAAGGAAACCAGCCAUAAACAGAAAGAAUUUGAAGAGACUGCAAAGAGAGUGCGCUGUGCCAUUGAGCAGCUGGCGGCCCUGGAGUGACCCCCGGCCACCACGCUGGGCCCGGAGCGGAGCGCGGCUGCCCACGCACGCGCCCCAGAGUGACCGGCUCUUCUGGGGCCCUUUCCCCGCGCCUUAGGAAAGGACGUCCACGUUUUGAAAUUAGAAUAUUUAAGCUAUG